GUACAGACCAAAAUUCAGUUGUUGCUUACUUGGAGGAGGGCCAGCACCUAAAGAGGGACUCUGAUGGGGAGUAUAUUCGCCGACUUCCAUGAAGCCCAGCGGGUAGGCAAUGGAAGGUUGUUGGCCUCCUGCUUAGCUCCUGUCGACACCGCUCAUGACCCUCGCCGACUACAACCAUUCGCCCAACUCUCCAAUUACCAGACAAUCUCGGCAGAUAUACGGUACUAUCUCGUGCAAGACCGCAACGCUGUCAAGCUACCCAAAGCAGAAGCAAAUGCCUGGGUGGACAUCUUCGUCUCAUCGUGGAAAUGUGUGAAGGAACUGGAUGGUCUACAGCAAGGCAAUGGCACGGGUGACUGGAUCAAGGCCUUCGACGCCUACAAAGAAAUGUGCAAUCUUCUAGUCAGAGGCUACACGAACUUCGGCUUCCAGUCCUGGACUGUGCCAUGUCUCAAUAUCGCAGGCAAGUACAUUCGGAUGCUAGCCAUGAAAGCCGACAGCGAAGGGAAGUCCAAGGACGCUAAUGCAGACGUCUUCGCCAACGGCUUGUCCGACGACAUCAUGGGCGACGGAAACAAGAACAAGAACCUCGAACAGGCAGCAUGGACCAUCAAUCGCAUGUUCACCGUCUGUCUCAGUGACCGGGCUGAACUUGCAGAGUCCCGUAAAUGGGGCAUCUACAGCACCACCAACCUCCUCUUCAAGACGUACUUCAAGCUAAACUCCAUCUCACUAACGCAAAAUGUUAUCCGGGCAUUGGAGGCUGCAUCAGCUGAUCUCCCACCACUGGAACUCUUUCCCAAAUCUCAUCGAUGCACAUUCAAGUACUACCGGGGCGUGAUUGACUUUUUGCAAGAAAACUACACGGAAGCAGAACGAAACCUAAGCGAAGCGCUGGACCUGUGUCACAAGGACUCGCUCAAAAACCGUGAACAAAUCCUGACAUACCUCAUCCCGGCACAUGUAGUCAACCACCAUCAACUUCCGACCAAUUCCCUGCUUGCACCUCAUCCGACCCUCUCCGGACUUUUCACACCUCUGUUCACCGCCGUCCGUAAAGGCGCACUCGCAGCCUUCGACAAUGCCCUCUCCACAGCUGAACCCGAGCUAGUCAGACGUCGCAUAUACCUCACACUCGAACGAACCCGAGACAUCUGCCUGCGCAAUCUGUUCCGCAAGGUCUUCCUUGCUGCCGGGUUUGAAGACAUCAAAGAUGCCACAACAGGCGAGGUGACGGGCAAAAUCCGUCGAACGAGGAUCCGUGUCGAAGAGUUUGAAGCUGGCAUGCGCGUUGGGUACAAGGGUACCACGGACGUGAUGAUCGAGAGGGACGAAGUCGAAUGUUUCAUGGCCAAUAUGAUUUAUAAGAAUUUGAUGAAGGGCUACAUCGCGCGAGAUCGAGGAAUUGUCGUCCUCAGCAAGGCUGGCGCCUUUCCUGGCACGGGGGUCUGAAAAGACGCACUUCGAGUAUCACAUGCGCCCUAAACCAUUGACGAAGCAUAUUCGCAUUUGGACAUUGGAAGGCCGUUGCGCACUGAUGCCGCGCCAACCCCUACACUAGAGCUUGCUUCUUGCCCCGACCUCGAGUCACACCAAAUGUCACUACACAUCAUCAGCACCGCAAC